CUGCCUGGGAAAGCCGCAGGGUCGGCUCCGCUCCGUCCUCUAGGGUCGCUGGGAGUCAAAACAGACUCGAUGGGAGUGGGUGUCUACAAGGGCGUAGUUGGUGUCCAGAGGGUAAAGGGGCUUGGAGACCAGGCUGGAUGGGGGUGGUCUUCAGCUGUCUGGAUGGGCCUGGCCCAGUCAUCUGUAGUCGGCUGCCUGACAUCCCCCCUAACCCACUCAUGCAGUGCCGGGAAGUGUGUAGCCUGAACCUGUCUGACCGCUGUGCCUUCAUCCGGACCAACCUUGACUGUCACAGCGAUGGGGGAUACCUGGACUACCUGGAAGGCAUCUUUUGCUGCUUCUCCUACCCCCUCCUCCCUCUGGUCAUCACCCUCUAUGUUCUCUGGCUGCUUUACCUGUUCCUGAUUUUGGGGGUCACUGCCGCCAAGUUUUUCUGCCCCAACUUGUCCGCCAUCUCCACCACCUUGGGGCUCUCCCACAACGUGGCAGGUGUCACCUUCCUGGCCUUUGGGAACGGGGCCCCCGACAUCUUCAGUGCCCUGGUCGCCUUCUCUGACUCACGCACAGCUGGCCUGGCCUUCGGAGCACUGUUUGGCGCCGGUGUGCUGGUGACCACGGUGGUGGCCGGCGGCAUCGCCAUCCUGCAGCCCUUUCUGGCCGCCUCCAGGCCCUUCCUCAGGGACAUCGUCUUCUACAUGGUGGCCGUCUUCCUGACCUUCCUCACGCUCUACGUCGGCCAUGUCACCCUAUCCUGGGCCCUGGGCUACCUGGGCUUCUACCUGUUCUACGUGCUCACUGUGGUCCUCUGCACCUGUUUCUACCGAUGGCAGCGGAGAAAAGCCCUGGUGUACUCCACGCCGGGCACUCCAGAGCUGCUCUCAGACUCCGAGGACCUGCCGGUGGAGCUCAUGCUGCUCCUCACCGUGCCCGUCGUGGACCCAGACAAGGAGGACCGGAACUGGACACGGCCCCUCAACUGCCUGCACCUGCUGACUAGCCCUCUGCUCUGUGUGCUGACCCUGCAGUCGGGGGCCUACGGCAUCUAUGAGAUCGGCGGUGUCUUCCCCGUCUGGGCCCUGGUGGUCAUUGCGGGCACAGCCUUGGCUGCAGUGACCUUCUCGGUCACAUCCAACAGCGAGAUCCCCAGGUUUCACUGGCUCUUUGCCUUCCUGGGCUUCCUGACCAGCGCCUUGUGGAUCAACGCAGCCGCCACGGAGGUGGUGAACCUCCUGCGGUCGCUGGGUGUUGUCUUCCGCCUGAGCAACACGGUCCUCGGGCUCACGCUGCUGGCCUGGGGGAACAGCAUUGGGGAUGCCUUCUCGGACCUCACCCUGGCCCGCCAGGGCUACCCACGGAUGGCAUUCUCGGCCUGUUUCGGCGGCAUCAUUUUUAAUAUCCUGGUGGGCGUGGGACUGGGCUGCCUGCUUCAGAUCUCCAGGGGCCACCCGGAGGUGAAGGUGGAGUCCGACGGACUGCUGGUGUGGGUCCUGGCCGGCGCGCUGGGGCUCAGCCUCGUCUUCUCCCUCAUCUCGGUCCCCGUGCAGUGCUUCCAGCUGGGCAAAGCCUACGGCAGCUGCCUGCUCCUCUUCUACCUGGGCUUCCUCGUCGUGGCCCUCCUCACCGAAUUUGGCGUCAUUCACCUGAAAAGCGUGUGACUGAGCCCACGCCGGGGUCCGUCACUGCAGCUGGGCGCCCAGCAGCCUCCUGUGAGGGGAGGACUGUGUGGAAGCCCCUUCCGUGAGAUCCAAUGGGCGUGCAAUGGAGUGGACGGGACUAGGGCUCCUGCAGGUGGCGGUCACUGCUGAGGGUCUGAAGGCACCGACCACUGUGCUUGGAGGAGAGGAGAGCCAGGACCCCAUUCCUGCCAGCACCCCCAGUGCCCUUUCUGACUCAGACACCACUGCCCUGGGGUCUAGUGCCUGGGCUUCACUGUGGGCAGAGCUACAAGGGGAGCCAGAUGCCUUUCCGGAAUGACUUCCAGGGCCCCUGAGGACGGGUAGGGUGUGGGGUAAGUGGGAUGAGAGGGCAACAUACAGGCUGCUUUAGAAAGACCCUUGUCAUGUGCGGGGCUGGAGGCCACUGCUGUGGCCCUGGGCCCUCCUGCAGGUGUUCCUGUGUCCCCACUGGGCUCUGGGCCUGCAAGUGUCUUCUCAGGGCUUAGCUGGCCACCGUGCCCCAGUGCAGUGAUUCAGGGUGACAGCUCCGCUCCUCACUAGAGUGGGCCGA